GGCGUGGCCACGCCCACGCCUGCGCGGAGACCCAACGUCCGCAGAGUCUGUGGCGCGCCUUCCCGGAAGAAGUCAGUACGGGGCUCUGUGAGUGAGGUCCAACAGUAGGACGGCCGGUGGGUGAGUGCUCCGAGUGUCCGAAGGACAGCUGCGCGCUGGUGGCGAGGAUGCCGUUAAAGGGGAAGAGGUAGGGCGAUGAGGAAAGUUCCCGAGUCCUUCCAGAGUAAGCGAGAGUUGCAGUGGUUGGUGAACUGAUGACUCCGAAAAGCUGCAGAUCUUCGUCUCAGAAGGCAGACUUUUUCUAAGUGCUGAUGCUGGUCGACACAGAAAAGAAGUUACCAUGGACUCACUUCCAGCGAUUUCCUUGACACUGCAUUCGAAACCGGGAGAAAGGCCUGUCGUGAUUUCGUCGGAAGUAUCUGUAAUUCGACCCCUUCCGGGCUAGCCUGCGCGCGAUUGCUGUCCGCGGUGCUGAAAAUAGAGAGCUCUGGACACGGAGGCGACGAGCAGACAACCAGUAUUAGUUUCAUAAAAUUUAGGAAAGCCAGCGCUUCAUUCUAAGACUGAAUUUUCAUUUCUUUUUUUAAAAAUUACAUUAUUUCGGCUUAGUUGCAUUCUUCCUUUGUGCAGUCAGGAAACUUCAAUCCUUGCACCCAACCAGAUGAUUUGCCUUCAGACUCACAGCCAUCCAAGUAGUUCACUAGACCUCUGUCUGUAUCGGCCCAGGCACUUUUACCAAGCAGAAAGCUUAUCAAGGCAGCUUUGAUUAAAGAUGACGUCUCUGUUCACUCAAGAAAUUCGCCUUUCUAAAAGACAUGAAAAAAUAGUAUCCCAAAGAUUAAUGUUACUUCAACAAAUGGAGAAUAAACCUGAAGAUCAAAACAAGGGAAGGGCCUCUCAGACACAAGCAGCUAAGGCUGCUUUACAAAGGAAUGUUAGUCUUUUAAAGGACAUAGAAGCGGCAGAGAAGUCUCUCCAGACUCGAAUGCAUCCAGCUCUACCACCUGAGGUGGCUGCUCUCGAGACUCUUUACUGGGCAUCAGUAGAAGAAUACAUUCCCAAAUGGGAGCAGUUUCUUUUAGGAAGAGCACCGUAUCCUGCCUGUAGUGAAAAUGGAAAUGAAGCAGAAGAUACCAUUCCAAAGAGGGCGCAGCAAUAGCUUCUCCACAUAGUAUUUCAGAAACCUGUCGAGUAAAGCUGUACAUUAAAGAGCAUUCAGGUCGCUGCGGGGACUUCAGGACUCAGAGAGAUAGCCUCAUCGCCUCCUCUGCGACAAUGAAGGGUUGAGGAUCUACCGGCAGCUUUCAGGUUCUCACCGGAAGAUCUACUGCUAUUUCAGUGCCAUAAAUUUGUUUUCUACCAAACCCAUGGAAGUGUGUUAAAAGCUGAUAUUGGAAAAUGGACUGUUGAUUAAAUAAGUUGCUGAGU